AAACGGAUUUAAACGAAUAGAGCGUAUUGUUAGUGGGCUGUUUUGUAGGAAAUUAUCGCAAAAGUCGUCUCUGCUUAAUGCCUAAAACGGAUUUGAAAAGUUGUUGACCGGCAGACCUUUAAAAAUUAGGGAAGUCGUUUCGCGAAGCACUUACGCUAAGGACACGGAAUAGUUUGGAACGCAACUGAAGCCGAGAAGCUGCUGAGGGAGGUUUUUGUCUUGGAAAAAAAAUACAACUGGCGUGCUUAAUGGAUUAACACGCUUGUGAUGGUUGUAGUCUUAAGAAUGUCGGCAGUUCAGUGGACUGAAUAAACUGAGAUGUUAUAGCUCCAACUGGUUACAAAAACACCAGAUAUGGUCCUGCCCGUGAUGCAUCUGGGGCUUGCACAUCUGUUUGCUAUAUUGUUACAAACGGCUUAAAUGUACAUCCAAUUUCAUUGCAGCAGCGGAUGACUGAAGCCAUACCGAUAACCUCAAACGAUCAACAACUGAACAUUGCGGUCAGUAAUUGCAUUGAAAACAAUCGAAAAAGGUUGGAGAUCCAAAGACUUCUUCGGCAGCAUGCGUUCAUUUUCUGUUCAAGUACUUGUGAUCCUGACAACGUUUGGAGGACUUUGUUCAGUGAUAGCCAAGAGUGUAUCACAACGAACAAGCUCAAAAGAUGAAGCAAGCUGUGAUUUCGAGGGGAACACCCACCCAGCCGACACCACGUUUGUCACGGCCGACUGUUCUGCGCAGUGCUACUGUACGGUAGAUGGAGAUUUAAGCUGUCUGCCUAUUUGCCCUACUCCUGCACCUACUCAAUGCCCCCCCGGAAGUGUCCUGAGAGAGGAAGAAUACCCAGCUGUUUCAGGAGGUGGCCGUUGUACUUGUAAGAGAAGAUUCUGCGCCCUUGAAAAAGUUCUGUGUUUCAGAAAGGAAAAUGGAGAAAAAUACAAAGUUGGAGAGACAUUUAGCUUGAAUAACUGCUCCAAGACAUGCAGAUGUAAUGAAAACGGUCAAAUAUCAUGUGCGCCGACGUGCUCAAAAAAUAUCUGUCCCAAGGGAACACGGCCCAAAAGGAACGGUGAAAUACAACUUGAAAAUAACUGUUCGUGCGCCAUACAGGAAUGUGUCCCAGUUCCCAAAUCGUUCUGUUACGUCGAUGGUCGACGAUUUAGGCGCGGUCGCGUUUUCAUUACGAAAGACUGCAAGCUCAAGUGCCGCUGCAAGAAGAACGGCAAAACGCGAUGUACAAGGUUAUGUAAGAAGAAACAAAAUAAACAAGAGUGCGGCCCAGAUGAAACAUUGGAAAAUAUUAAUGAAUCGUCUGCUGGGGGAAGAUGCUCAUGUGAGACAAAGAUCUGUAUAUCGACCUUGGCAAAUGUCUGGGGAAAUAAAGUGAGUCAUCUUGAAAGCAGGAAUACCAGAGAUGCAUAGUGCCAGCAUCAUACAAAUUGCAUUGACUCGAUCAAGGGCAAGUGCAAUACUAUCAAUUAAGGACCCUGCAGCGAAGCCAAAUUCAUUAUUUCAUGACACUUUUUUCAUAUGGUAUCAUACGUACGCCUCUACCCGAUAUUGGCACCCAAAUAAGCAUAGCAAGAUUUCCUGAUAUUCCAAAACAUUCAUAUAAUCAACUUUAACGACUAUGUCUCUGGUGUGACACCUGGUUUAUUUACUAAGAGCGUAGGCUGAUAUGGAGAAAAAAUGGAAACGAUUUUUCUCAGUUAGAAAUAAAUUAAGCUUGGUCUUAUGCCGGGAUAUCGAAAGAAAAGGCAAUCACUAGCUAGAAGGAUAGGAAAGAAAUUUUUAGAGUGGCAACAAGUUAGUUUAAAAAAAGGAUCAAACUCUUUGGAAAACAGUGAGCGUUUACGGGCUCAUUAGACAGAUAUUCUCAUUUUUGCAUUGUAGUGUAUAAUUUAGGAGUCAUGAUCAUAUCAUCGUUUUCAUGAUUGAGUAGACGAACGAAUUAUACGUGAUUAGUCUUUUUACGUAACCAAAUUAACUAAAAAGUGUCUCUGUGAUAGUUGUCACAAGGAUAAAUCAAAGAAAGUAAAACUGAGGCUUCAAAUGGAGAGAAAUAUUCCUUGGGGUGUGGCGUGCACUUUACCCCACUUAAAGAAAUAGUCUUUGGUGCAUAAAGCACCCUUCGCUCAAAAAGGUGUGAUUUUAAUUUUACGAAAGCUGAUUAAUGUAAAAUCUUCGCAUAUCUUAGGUAACAGUAAGCCGUUUUAGCCG